GGAUGUAAUCCACACUAGUCGGCUGAUACCCAGGUACCUACCUACCUGGAGGGUAUUCCGGGAAUCAACGCCCCCGCGGCCAGGUCCACGACCAGGCCUCCCGGUGGAUCAGAGCAUGAUCGACGAGGCUGUUUCCACCCUUACCAGGGACUGAACCACUGACAUCAAUGUGUGAGCUGAUCUCUGUCACUGGCCAAGAAGAAGAUCGUUCACUACACCACCACUGACUUGCAGAAGAGAGCCAAUGCUGCCUUCCUCAUCGCCUCCUAUUCAAUUGUCUACUUAAAGAAGACUCCUGAGGAGGCAUACAAGCCUCUGAUUGGUGGCAACAGUCCUCCAUUUUGUCCUUUUCGGGAUGCAGCUUAUGGGAUGUCAACGUACCACCUAACUCUGCUUGACUGCCUGCAAGCUAUUGACAAAGCCUACAAGCUUGGGUUCUUCAAUUUUGAAGACUUCGAUGUUGAAGAGUAUGAAUAUUAUGAGAAAGUACAAAAUGGUGAUUUCAACUGGAUCAUGCCAGGAAAAUUCUUGGCCUUCUGUGGACCCCAUGCAGAAAGUAAAAUAAAGAAUGGUUAUACUUUGCACUCUCCUGAGACAUACUUCAGUUACUUUCGCAAGCACAAUGUCACGUCCAUUAUCAGACUCAAUAAGAAGAUCUACGAUGCUGCCCGGUUUAAAAAUGCUGGGUUUGAACAUUAUGAUAUGUACUUCAUUGAUGGUUCCUGUCCAUCUGAUGACAUUAUGAGAGAGUUUCUUCGAGUGUGUGAAAAUACUGAAGGAGGCAUAGCAGUCCACUGCAAAGCUGGUUUAGGUCGAACUGGUUCCCUUAUUGGAUGCUAUAUGAUGAAACAUUUUCGAUUUAGUGCUGCUGAAGUUAUUGCUUGGCUGCGCAUUUGUCGACCAGGCUCCAUCAUUGGUGGUCAGCAACAGUGGCUCACUUCUAAGCAGUCGUCACUAUGGCUUGAGGGUGAUAUAUUCCGAGGGCGUAAUAAAAACCAAAACUUAAACAAGAAGUGCCAGUUUGGUAUAUACAGUGUUGCCUACCGUGAACAUGUAGCCAACAUGAGGAAUAAUCUUAACAAAAAUCAUUGCAGGAAUCACAAUCAGAAGAAACAACUUAAUGGUAACUCUUCUGACGAUGAUGGUGAGCGUGAAGAGAAUGUUCAGGUUGUGUUGAGUGGCGUGGACACCCUGAAGCUGGAUGAUCACACCUCACACACUGACAACCAUGAGAAAUAUAUUGAGGAAGAAGAAACUGCUGGUGAGCGCUGGUACCCGGAGGUUUCUGCUGACACUGAUGUAACUGUGAUAACUAUUGGCCAUAAGGCGUUUCACGGCCAAACUACUGCAGUUGCACAACCCAGGGCAACGUGGAGGCUGCGAAAAGUGAGCGUAACAGAGCAAGUUAGCCUGACAGCCAGCGUGACGGCUCUGCCUAAUGUCUUAUACUGGCACUCUGAUAAGCAUCAGGAUUAA